AAAAAAAAAAGAAAAAAAAAAAAAGUUGCUGGCGGUGGGCAUAGGCGGUGCAACAGUGGCUCCUAUUCUUCGUUCGAUCAUACUUGUCUAACUUGACACUUAAGACGACAUGGACAUGACAGGGAAGGCUUGUUCUUCGUCUUCAGCUGCUAUCCCAGAGCAAUAUGAAGACGAUGAAGAUUUGAUGCUGUAUGGUGGUGGGUCGGGUUGGGUGGAGCCGAGAACAUGGUGUGAUCAUCUCCCUUCUCUGACUUCCGAUUUCUCUCACAUUCCCACCCCUGACACUUCCUGCUUCAGGUGUCAUCACCCUGCUGAAAACUGGUUAUGCUUGUUCUGCAAAGAUGUCCUCUGUAGCCGAUUCAUAAAUAAGCACAUGCUUGCACAUUAUGAGGAGAAGGGCCAUUGUCUAGCACUUAGCUACAGUGACUUGUCGGUUUGGUGUUUCGCUUGUGAUGCAUACUUGGAUGCUCAAGUCAUUCAAAAGCUGCGUGUCGCAUAUGAAACUGCUUACAUACUGAAAUUUGGAGAAGCUCCACCAGUCCGCACGGUUGAAUGCAUGCAGUUGGAAGACACGAGGACUGGCAAUUCAUGCUAGUGGUGGCUUGUAUAUAGAAAGGAAGACCGUGGCUAAUGUGCACUUUAGGCUAAAAUAAUGCUGCAAUUUAGUAGUGUAAAUCUACGACUAAGCAAUACUUUGGUGAAUGGUGACCAUCGUCAUUUGUUUUUA